AAAUAUUUUUCACAUAGUACUAAUAAAAACAAAGAGGUUCAAACAUUUAUUUUAGUAUACUAUCAUAAGUUUAGUAAAUUUGAGUUGAAAUUCAAUAUUAGAAAUGAUUUAGAAUUGAUUAAUUUUGGAAAAAAAAUAAAAAUGAGUUAUUUAGAGUUUUUUAUUUCUUUCGUCAUAUUUUUGAUACUCUAUUCAACUAUUACAAAUGAAUUGGAUAACCAAACGACUUGUUCAAUUUGUCAGGAUGAUCUAGAUACAGUUAUUUGGUUACUUUCAUGUAAACACAUGUUCUGUCAGGAAUGUCUUACCCCAUGGAUAAAAGAAAAUUCAAUUUGUCCUUUAUGUAGAGCAGAAAUAACUUUUGCUCUAUAUCGUUACCCAUCAUUAGAAGAGAUUGAUGAAUGGGUGGAAUCGUACAUUAAACCUGGAUUAUCAAGAGAAGAAGAAUUAAUUCGUAUCCGAAAAAAUGUUAUUACUCCUACUCAUACUACUGAAUGCGAAAUUAUAGCCAGAUUUUUUUAUCUUCGACCCCAACAUUAUGUAGAUAAAUAUUUAAUAAUUGAUAUUAGUAAAAUAUUCGAUUCUUUUAAGUAUCAGCUUCCAUGGAUUAUAAAUGAGUUGAUAAACAAUAUUGAAACGCCAUUAAUGGAAGACAUUGAAAGAAGUUUUUUUUAUCGAAAAAAACUAAACUCUUAUGAAAAUAAUAUGAUGAAACAAUAUUAUCUUCGAAAUAAAAUUAAUCCCAAAGAUAUUGAAUAAAUAUAAAAAUAUUUUCUAUUAUAAAUUCAAUAU